UUUCCCCUCUCUCUCUCUCUCUCUCUCUCUCCCUCUCUCUCUCUCUCUCUCUCUCUCUCUCUCUACUUCUCUCUACGAUCUACCCACCCACCACCCACCUAACCCUAACCCCAAUCCUCCUCCUCCUCCUCUUCCUCCUCAUCCAUGUAGAGAGAGAGAGGGGAGAGAAGAGAGUAGAGAGGAGAGAGAAGGAGAUGGAGUCGGGGUCGGGAUCGGCGGAGGGGGCGCACAUCAAGGGGGUUCCGACGCACGGGGGGCGCUACGUCCAGUACAAUGUCUACGGCAACCUCUUCGAGGUCUCCUCCAAGUACGUGCCCCCGAUUCGCCCCGUGGGCCGCGGCGCGUACGGCAUUGUUUGUGCUGCUACAAAUUCACAAACACGUGAAGAGGUUGCGAUCAAAAAGAUCGGGAAUGCAUUCGAUAAUAGAAUUGAUGCUAAACGAACUUUGAGAGAAAUAAAGCUACUACGGCACAUGGACCAUGAAAAUGUUAUUGCAAUAAAGGACAUCAUACGUCCUCCAAGGAGGGAAAACUUCAAUGAUGUUUAUAUAGUUUAUGAGUUAAUGGACACCGACCUUCAUCAGAUAAUUCGCUCCAGUCAGCCAUUGACUGACGACCAUUGCCAGUAUUUUCUUUACCAAUUACUCCGCGGGCUGAAAUACGUGCACUCAGCAAAUGUAUUGCACCGCGACCUUAAGCCGAGCAAUUUGCUAUUAAAUUCAAACUGUGACCUAAAGAUUGGAGACUUUGGGCUUGCAAGAACAACUUCCGAAACCGAUUUCAUGACAGAGUAUGUCGUCACUCGUUGGUAUCGGGCACCCGAGUUGCUUUUGAAUUGCUCGGAGUAUACUGCUGCAAUUGACAUUUGGUCGGUCGGGUGCAUUCUUGGAGAAAUUGUUACACGGGAGCCUCUGUUUCCUGGAAAAGACUAUGUUCAUCAAUUAAGGCUAAUAACUGAGCUAAUUGGUUCGCCGGAUGACUCGAGCCUCGGGUUUCUCCGAGGUGAUAAUGCUCGGAGAUAUGUGCGACAGCUCCCUCAAUAUCCGAGGCAACAGUUCCGCGCUAGAUUCCCCACCAUGUCUAGUGGAGCUGUUGAUCUGCUGGAGAGAAUGCUCGUAUUCGAUCCAAGCAAACGAAUCACAGUCGAUGAGGCUCUCUGUCAUCCAUAUUUGGCAUCCCUUCACGACAUAAACGACGAGCCCGUUUGCGCAGCGCCGUUCAAUUUCGACUUCGAACAGCCGUCGUUCACCGAAGAAGACAUCAAGGAGCUCAUAUAUAGGGAAUCCGUGAAGUUUAAUCCGGACCCGGUCCACUAAGAAAAAAACUUUCCCAUGUACAUUGCUAUAUGUAUUUGCCGAAGAUAGUUGACAGGACCUCUUGCUAUUAUUUGCUCUUCGAAUCGGUACAAAUCCGCCUCGGUAACUCGACAAACCCGGUGGCCUCUAGGGCCACCUUAUUCUCCUCACUGUUUGUACUAUUGGUUGUAUAAUUUCGAUGUUUCGGUGGAAGCUUGAGAUAAAUAAAGGCUCUUUUAGGUGUUUUGAUACCACACACUCAGAUAUAAUCUCCUCUCGGAUUCUUCGUCUUUAGCUGAGAUUGUACUGAUGUUUUCUAAGAACUAUUUGCACAAGUUGUGUUUAUUUUAAGGAGAUGUAGCAUCAUGUUUGGUGAUUCUUG